UAACGACAUUUCACUUUACGGCAACACAGGGCCUUCCGUUUAUAUUUCACUGAGCGCUUUUUUACGCUGAACGUUUGCAUCGCUUGGAGAGAGCCAGUACUUGCUUAAAUACGAUGGGAAUAGAGGAUGAAGCGGAUCGGACGCUCUUCAUAAGGAAUUUAGAUUCAAGAGUGACGGAGGAACUUUUGUUUGAACUGUUUUUACAGGCAGGACCUCUCAUCAAAACCAAAAUCCCAAAAGACUCUGAUGGGAAACAGAAAACAUUUGGUUUCGCCGUUUACAAACACGAAGUGUCCGUGCCAUACGCCAUGCAGCUACUGAACGGGACAUCGCUGUUCGGCAGAGCUAUCCAUGUGCAGUUCAGAUCAGGUAGCAGCCAUAGCAGCAGUCCAGGGAACUCGCAGAAUUCAAGUCCUGCAAAUACCCCUAAUCCCCAUGGCCAGAGGACUCCGAUCCAGUUCAGUUCUCCACCUUAUACUCCUCCCCAAAUGCAAAGAUCCUUUUCAUCUCCUGAUAAUCUGCAGAAGCAUGUCAUGAUGAACAACAUGAUGUUGCAGCUCCAGAUGCAGCAGCUCGAGCAGUUGAGCGACAGCUUCUCCAAGCCUCAGCAGAGGCAGCUGUCCGCAGGUGGAAAUCCGGGCGGAGGCGGCUCAAGGCAACACGAUAACGCUCCCUAUCGGCAUCAUCCGUCCCAAAUGAACAGCGGCGGCAGAAGUCAGCGCUACGCAGACGAACCCGGUUCCGGCCAUCAUCAGCAACACGGCCACAGCCGGAACAACUAUCACCACCAGAACGACAGAAGCGGCAACCGUCACCACGACGGCAGAGGUGGCAACAGACAUUAUGACGACAGGGGUAGCAACCGCGGCUACCAAGAUAGACGAUGGAGACGGUACUGAGGCACGUAAAGGAUUUCUGUAAAGACUUAUGUUUUUCACAAAUUUAUGGACAGCUCACAAAAGAAGAUCAUGAAUUAUGUUGACAAAAUUGUCAUGUAUACUCAGGUUGUUUGUACAUGAUCCUACCAGUUUGACUAUUUACUAUCUUAUGCCUUAGAGCCAUUUUUGUUUACUUUUUAAGGCGUUUUUAAAUUUGUACAAUACCUUCAUGUGAGCUUUUUCUCACAGCUGUUGCAUAUAUUUUGGUGGGGGAGGGAGGGGGGGGGACUGUAUUGUCAUUAGAGCAAGGACAACAAGCAGACAUGACUUGUAGUCAUUUUGGAGGACAAAAAAAAGACAUGUAUUUAAAAAAAAAAGAAAAAAAAAGGAUUUAGGAUAUUGGCCAGGUUUUAUGUUAUGCAAAUAAUCUUUAAACGGUGCUGCCAGAAUUUUAAACUCUUAAGGUAUUUUGCAAAAAAAAGAACAUUUUCAACUAACGAUUUCACCAGCACCACUUUUCCUGCAAUAGGGCACCAUCCUUUCUUACUGUUUAGAUCAGCUGACCUUGCUCUCACUAAAAGUGGGCUUUAUUUUAUUUUUUUAAUUCUUGGUCUGUACGACAAACUCAUAAUGUUUUAAAAAAAAAAUGAACAUUUUCAUGACUAUAAAAGUCUUUUGAUUUGA